AUGGAGAAGAGAGUUGAGGAUCGAUCUCACCAUAAGACGACGGCCGAUGCCCUUUGUACUGCAGCCGUUUGGCUUUACUACGAUGUUCAGGCUGACAAAGUCCACAAGACAUCCAUCAUCGUUUCGGGCGAAGACGUUGGAGGAUGUCUCGUGGACGGCAUCAUUACGAACGUCGUAAUAAAGCCAAACGGCUGCAGUACAACUUAA